AUGCCGUUCAACUGUGUGUUUUACUACCUGAAGCCUAAAUUCAAGCCGGAAAACCAAUUCAAGGCGGAGCUCAUAUUAAGGGGUCUUAUCGUGCUCGCCAUCUCCUUGACCGCUAUUAUUUUUCCAAGUGUUGAUUCACUCAUGGGAUUUCUGGGAUGUUUCUGCCUAUCCAACAUGGCUUUCAUCUGCCCGUAUAUAAUCUACGUAUUUGUGUACUACGAACGACCAGGUACACACAGGAAGCGGUUGAUAUUGCGUUCGCUCGUGCUGACCAUAUUUGGCGUGUUCAUCUUAAUCUGUGGUAGUCUUAUCACCGGACAAGACAUGAUUAAUAAGAUCACGGGGUCAGGACCUACUACAAAAGCGACUAAUAGUGAGACCACUACUGCCGGAACGGUUCCUGAAUAA